UAAGUCAAACGGCACCUUUCAAAGAUAUUAAAAUUCUAUUCAAAUGAACUGGCCAGAGAAAAAUUUAACUGGACAAUGUAGUCAUUUUGAAAAACAAGUUUUUGGCCAUCUUUAGUUAAACAAUUUGGCAAUGUGUAUCAAGGGCCAUAAGACUUUUCUUGAUCUUAAGAAUUAAUCCCAUUUCUUUGACUGUACUCUAAGGAAAUAUCUUUAUGCACCCCAUUUCUUUGACAUUAUUCUAAAGUGAUCACCUUAUGCACAAAGACAAUUAUCACAUUGCAAUAGGGAAAAGUAGAGAUGACCUAAAUGUCCUACAGUAUCUAAAACAAUAAGGGUAUUUUCUUACGGAAAUAUAGUUGACACAGUGUUACAUUAGUCUCAGGUGUACAACAUAUGAUUGCAGAAGUCUGUACAAUAUGAGGGGUAUGUUUAAAUAAAUUAUGAUAUCUCCAUAGACUAUGUUAUCAUGCAGAAAUUAAAAUCAGGUUGUAUAAUUUUAUUUAAUAACAUGAAGAAACCUAUUAUAAUGUUAAUUUCUAAAACCAGAGUGUAAAAUUAAGUACACAAUAUGGUCUCAAUUAUGUAAAAGAAAAUAUAAAUGAAAGGAAGUGUACAGAGUCAGUAUCAUGAUUGCUUCUGCCUGAUGAGAUUAUGUGUUUUUAAGCUUGUUCUUCAAGCUUUUUAUUUUUUUACAAAGACACACAUUGCUUUUAUAAUCAUAAAAAGAGACAAAGAUGAUGUAUGUUCAAUUGUUCCAAAAUGAUUAAAGUAAAGUACUUGACAAAUAAUGAAAAGGGCUAUGUUUUCUUCCUGAUGCAUUAUUUAUAGGGAAAACAAUUCCUAUUAGUCCCUGUUUUCAAAAAGCACAAUGUAUACUCUUCACAGUUGCCAAUACAAUGCCGGGGUAAUGUUGGUAAAAAGCACAGAUGAUAACCCCAGAGAUCUGUCUGUUGAUUAAGCGACCCUUUGAAAUUAGUCCAUGAAAAGGUCACUUACUCUUCAACAAAAAUAACGUUUUAGUCCAUGUCCUCUAAUUUCACACAAUGAGGGUGUAAUUUAAAUAUAUAUAUAUUUUUGAAGUUUCAAUUUAGUUUGAAGAGGUAUUAUGUAAAUAUUUUGAAUAUUCAAUUUAAAGUUCAACAUAAUAGACUGGCACCUAUUGAGCAACCAUGCUGUUCCACAAGGGGACAAAGGCAACUUUCACAAGUUUUAAUUGGCAGGGACCUUUUUGCACAGAAAGGUUAGCCUCAUUUGAAUACUGUUUGUAUUUAUGUGGUCCUAGCUGCCUUAAUAACUCACGAAUCAGCUGAUGGAUCAUCUGUCCCUAUUUGAUAGAUACAUCUCUCAGAUGCAGAUCAAUCUAUUUUGAAAUGAACAAAGGGGCAAAGGUCUUUUUGGAGAUGUUCCACAGGAGAUGAGCAUGGAAAUGAAUGCUCAGAGGGCCUUUCACACACCAAGGCGCUGCUGACUCAUUGAGCUGCAUGGAUGGAUGGGGAUACAUUCAGCUUUGCCUGUUCUCCUCUCAACUUGUUUUUGUGAUCAAGGAGAUACACUUCCAAAAUGACUAUUAAUGAUUCUUUUACCGGUGGGAUCCCAAAGUGCUGAAACAACCUACCCAAGAGCUUCCAGCCUUCAUCAGCCCUCAGGUAUUCCUUGAGGUAUGCUGGUUUUUCAAGACAGAUAACACAGAGAAAGUGGAGAAUACUCAGGUGGCUUUUCUGGGGGAGAAGAGCAUUUGGUUGAUUUUUUUAACGGAGAGAUAUUAAAGCCCUACACACUUCAGUAUGUUUGAAGCUUCCCAGUCUGAAUCAAGCUGUGUACUUUAAGCUGUUAUGGUUGUCAUGGGAAUUCUUUUGGAGAUUUCCACGGAAUUUGGGGGCUUGCCGUGGAGGAUCCUCAUGGCUGGCUUUUCUUUGCAGAGGAAUGCCUAGUUUUUGAUGUUGGCAUGUCCCCUGUGAGAAAGACCAGAGGUAAAGUGGUACCUCCAAGCAAGACCAGAAGAAUGUCAGGUGGAAGUUCCCCAAAUCUUGCAUGCUGUGUUCAGAGGGGAUGGACGUCUGGAAACCUUGCCUGUCUUUAGCACCCUUGGAGCUGGAGCUGGAUGGAAGGCCAGUGGAGUAAGACACAGAAUUCUUUGUUACAUCACUGAAUAAUGGAUGAAGCUGAGAGAGAAAAAGAGAAGAGGGAUGUACCUGAUGUAGCUGAAAAUAAAAAGAAGGACCGUUUCAAUGCCUUCUUCACGGAACUGCGUGCCAUGCUUCAAGCUCAUGGUUACCCUGUAAAAGGAGACAGAUCUAAAACAUCACAGGGGACUACUGCUGCUUCACAGGAGAAGGAAGGCAAAGUCAAUCCAGAAACCUCCAGAGAGCAAUCUAAUUGGAUUCCAUCAUUUCAUAGCUAUGAAGACUUCAAGUGUAAGACACUACAAUCAUUAGAUGGCUUUAUGAUAAUACUGAGCACAGAUGGAGUGAUAAUUUUUGUCGCUGAAAAUAUCACUUGUCUCCUUGGCCAUUUACCAAAUGAGAUCAUAGGUAAAAAGUUAUUAAGUCUUCUGCCUGAUCAUGAGAAAAACGAAGUCUACCGAAAGAUUGCUCUCAAACUUCCUUUGUCAAACUCAGUGGGAAAACAUAUUGAUUUUUGCUGUCAUUUAAAGAGAGGAAAUGUUGAACAUGAUAGCGGACCUACUUAUGAAUAUGUGAAACUCAUCCUAACAGUACAAGAUAUUUUAAAUGAACCUUUGAUGCUCUUCAGCAGCUUCUUCCCCAGCCAUGCCUAUGCUGAGUCAUCUCCUACAUAUCUUCCUCUGGAGGAUCGGUUUUAUCUGGUGGGGUCCAUCUUUCUCUUCAGGGCUCAGAUCCUACGAGAACUUUUCACUGUAAAGAAAGCUGAGGAAGAGGUUCUGCUGAUACAAGACUCCGAUGAGGAACCUGUGUCUCCAGAGCACAGAAGCCAGGGCCAAAAGAGAAGUUCUAGAAUGGAAUUGCUUCGUGCUGAAUCUGCUGCUGCUGCUGCUGCCUCAGAGGAUCAAGUUGAUAUUGGAACGGUUGAGCAGUAUGGCCCCCAAGAGUCUGAUCAUGUAAUUAGGAUAGAAUCUGAUAUAUCUUAUGAUUCCAGCACAUCGUCCCUGGAAAGCAUACUGGCAUCACCAGUUGCAUCAUCUUCGCAAAGCUUUGAAUUCCAGCCGGUGGUGGAACAGGUUUCUGAUGUAGAUGAGGUACAACCGGUGGACGAGCUGGAAGAGGUGGACCAGAUGGAGCAGAUGGAUGAGGUGGAUGAGGUGGGACAAGUAGAUGAAGAGGAAGAGGUGGAGCAGAUGGAGGAGCUGGAGCAGGAGGGGCAGCUGAACCAGGUGGAGGAGGACAAACAGCUGGACCGAGUGGAGCAGGAGGACCAGGCAGACCAGGCUGAGCAGGAGGCCAGCUCACCCUCCAGUGCGGCUGCUGGCAUCAGUGAUGAGUCAAUACAACCACCGCCAUCAAUUAUGUCAUACAUCAACAAGCGGGAGCUGGAGCUGAUGAAAAAGUUCAGGGAGCAGCUGGAAGAGCAGACACGGAUGCUGCAGGCUGACAUCCGAAGCCAGCGGGAUGCACUGGAAAUGAUGAAGGAACAGCUUCAGAGAAUACAGGAUUCCACCUUUCAGAUGCAGCCAACCAUCUCACACCACCUUGACCAUCCUGAGUUCCAGUCUUUGGAGCCAGUGCCCAAGAAACAACGCACUGAGCAAAUGAAGGAGUCCCUCCCAGACCUCAAGGAGAUCAGCCUUUCCUGUGGUUCAUGUUCACCCUGCUCUUUCAAAUUCUCGGAGGAGCUGGAGGAGACUUGUGAUGACUCCAACCAGCCACUGCUGGAGGGGCAGGACCCAUUCCUGCAGCAGCCAUUGCAGCAGGCACAGGACCAGCUUCUGUCAGAGCAGCAGAUGCAGGAGCAACCCCAGCCGCCGAGCACCGUGGUGGGAAGGCAGAAGCUGCAGAUAUACCUGCCAGGCCAGGCCGGCGUAGCUGUGCCCCUCUGUGAGGACCCCAUGACGUUCAUGCACACCCAGACCAUCGUUCCUGUCCAGUUAGCAGCUGGACAACAGCCCUCUGGCUGCUAUCAAGGUGAUACCCUGGGGGACGAAGAAGAUGACAGCCCUAGGUUUUUUCCUGAGCAGCAGAAGGUGUCCAUGGUGUAUAGCCCGGGCUCUGACACAGUCGCUUCUACCAGCUUUCCUCAGUCUCCCAUACAUUCUGACUCCAGCUUAGUCACCCUGGAGACCCCACAGGAUUAUAUCCAGCUUUGGCAACAGCCACCAGAUUCACAGCAUCACCUUUACCUCCAAGUGAAUACUUGGCCUUCCAGUGAGCACAACAGCCUGCAGGACCAAGCUACCUGGCCCCAGGUGUCAGCUCCUCAGGCAAAUCCCGAGGCUUUCCAGGACCCUGAAGAAUACUCACCAGGCCAUAUCAGCUAUUUUAUGUCUGCUGAGCGGUCUAGCUCGGACGAAAACCAGCACCAGCAGUACUUUCAUACCAAACCUUGAGAGAAGAGGGACAGACAGGCCAAUGAGGCCUGCAUGGCCAGGGGGCCUCCAAGGCUCACAGAGUCCCCUGGAAUAGGGGUUGGGGAGGGGGGGUGGAUAUUUUCUUUUCUUUCCUGAUAAGUUCUGUUUGGGAUUGUUGAGCACAACCCAUUUCUUGGAAGGUAUAUUGCAGAGGCAGCCUGUGCUGAUGUGUGACAGCAGCCAGGCCCCAGCAGGAGACUGCUGUCCCUCACCUUCCUGCCUGGCCUUACACACAGCUGUUCUAACAUGGGCGAGCAGGCUGCAGAGUCUACUCAGGUUCGAAUACCGUUUUUUGGUUUUGUUUUUGUUUUCUGCCGAGAAACGUUUUCCAGCAUGGUUUAUAAUCUAGUAAGAAGCUGUUUUGUCUUAAGCCACAGUCAUGUUGGGGAAAUCACAGGUAACAGCAUUCCAAUGGUGGGAAGCUGAAAUCAGAUGAACACAGGUGCUUUGUACUAAAAUAAUCACAGCUCCAGUGCUUAAUAAAUAUCUUUCU